AGUGGUGACUGUGGUGUACGGAUGCCUAAAGUUUUGCCAAUUCGGUGUCGCUCCGAAUAUAAUCAGAGUUGUUAGUGAACGCGCGGGUAAAUGCCAAAAUUAUUGUGAACACCGUAGUUUUUGCGAGCGAUCGUGCAUCAGUGUUAUUGUUUUGUUGUGAAAGAGAAAAGAUGCCGUCGGCGGUGGCGAUGGCGCGAGAAUGCAUUUAUUAGAUCUUAAAAACUUGAAGACUUGGAAAGUUGAGAAUGCAUUUUUCAAGAUGCGUUGCUUAAUAUAUUAGAAUAACAAUUUAUUGUGUUAUUCAAGUGUCAGUUGAUGUAAGAAAAUGAAAUCUCGGCUUUGUUUCGUCGAUAUGGCGCUGUGGUGCCUGGCGGCGUACCUGGCGUGCCACGUGCCCUGCAUCGAGAUGCGUGUCGACGACCUGGAGCAGCCGGCGGUCAAGUACAACGAGCCGCCGGCGCCGCCGCCUGCGCCUGCGCCGCCGAGGCCGGAGCUGAAGCACGGCAAAUGCUAUCACAUGCCGCGCGAGCGUUGCCCGACGACCGCCAAGUGCGCUCGUACAGACCCCGCUUCCGUCUUCUGCUGCGACGUCGAUAGCUUCCGCCUCAAGGAGGCCCUCGCCAUUGUUAUGAUGCCCAACACGACGAACCUACACGUGUUAAACGCAAGUAUCGAGGAGCUGGAUGUAUCACAGGCUGUGUUCCGCCGGCUCGCCUCUAUGGCCUUCACCGACGGCAACAUCGGCAAGAUUGUCGGUCAGUUUCCGAAAUACUCUCCGAUCGCGUGCCUGAACAUCUCCAAUAAUAACUUGACGACGGCCAAACUGCAGCCGUCCAUCCAGCGGCCGUUCGCGUAUCUCUUCAACUUGACAGUGCUCGACGCCUCCGCCAACAACCUCACCGAGUUCCCGCUCAGCCUCGUGCAGAGCAACCGCAAGAUAUCCGUCGAUCUCUCCGGUAACAACUAUCUGCCGUGCAAGCACUUUCAGAAGGCGAUGGAGGCGAACAACAACAACAAUAGCUCUCUGGUUACAUUCCUCAACUACAAGAACACUUACUGCGCCCUCGAUCUCGUCUUCAACUGGUUCAAAGAUGUCAAGAUCGUACAGAUCGACCAUUUACGCAUUCAGACUGAGCUGAACGUCAGCUGCCGCAACAUAACACCGGCGGGCAUCAACUGCACGUGUGUGCCGGAGCGGCUGGAGCUGCUGAGUGCCGGCGUCACCAACCUGGUGGCCGUCGACUGCUCGCGGCGACACCUCGCCCAGCUGCCCGCCAACCUGCCCCCCAACACCGUCAAACUCAACGUCUCAUACAACAACAUAACGUCGCUGCAGGCGGUGAGCGACGACCCCAGCUACGAGCACCUGCGACAGCUCAUCGUCGACUACAACGACAUCGACAACAUCGUCGAGCUCGAGGGGUCCAAGUUCAUCGACAACUUCAUGUACUUCUCCAUCAGCCACAACAAGCUCAAGACGAUCCAUACGUAUGUGCUCUCCAACAAGUUCGACACUACCGGCAUCUUCACGGCGUUCUCCAUCGGCGGUAACUACAUACACUGCGACUGUAACACUGAAAAAGUUCUAAAGCCAUGGCUGCUGGAGAACUCCCGCAACAUCCCGGACUACCGCGCGCUGCAGUGCGCACACGGCGGCCCGGUGGUGGAGCUGCGCGAGGGGGACGUGUGCCACGCGCCGCGCGACUGGACAGACUACAUCUACUACAUCAUCGCGCUGGAGGCGCUCGUGCUGGCGCUGCUCGUCGCCAAGGUCAGCUACGACUACUGGGUCUUCAAGUCCGCCGGCUAUCUGCCCUGGCCCGCCAACAAGAUGCCGCGUCUGCCCUGCGACUGGCUCUGUGAGUGAACACUCACUCACUCACUCCCCCCACCCACUCACUAUUCACUCACUCACUCAUUCGCACAUCAAUCUUCGUGAUAUUGAAAGAUUGGAGCUUAAUAUGUAUAACUAUAUAAAGAGG